UGGCCUGCCCAAAUGGCCAAAUCCUGCAGACGUGUUCGAGAGCUUUAGAACGUUGUUUGCAAUUGCGGAAAGCGGUAGCGAGGCAAGAGACACGGUGAUAGUUAAAUAGAAAAGAGUGCAAGUUGCAAGAAUCGCCGAGUUCGAGCCAGUGGAGCAAUAGUUAAUACAGGAAUAAUCGGAGUCGGCGCCCAAAGAUCCAUCAAAUUGCCAAGGAACAACUGAACAACUGAAUUACUCACACAGGGCAUAAGCAAAAAACGAAAAAAAUAAAAACGAAAACGAAAAAGUAAAAGAAAUUUAAAUUAGUAAAGCAAAAGAAAAAGAACAAAGCACACAGAAAUCGAAUUUCGUUCUCAAAUCUCACGCACCGUGAACUUUUUAAUGAAAAACGCCGAACGGGUUGGCCAAAAUGUGAAAACUCAACAAAUAACUAUACCACUCAGAAUCAAACGAUUGAAUAUAUAUACGAGUAUAGCUAUAUAGCAAAGCAAAGCAAAAGCAAAAGCAAACGCAACGCAACGUAAAGCAAAGUCGGCUGAAAAAGGGCAGCACAUUUUAAAUCAAAUAUGGGAAAAAUACAAAUAGAAUAAUAUAUAUAUAUACCUACAUAUAUAUAGAUAUAUGCUGAAAAGGGAAUGGAGAAAAGAUCAUAAAAUACAUAUUUUAUGAAAUUUUUUUGCAUAUUUUUUUUACUGUUUGGCCAAAAGAAAAACAAACUGAGUGUGUUCAUAAAGCAGUACAAUGUAAAAUUAUACGCAGAUUUAAACAAACGCAAGGAUAACAAAGCAACAAACAAAUAACUAAUUAAUUGAAGCGACGAAUCUUUCAAUGGAUUCAGGCGAAUUUUCCGAAUUUCCGUAGCCCCAAAGGACAUCGCAUGGUCAGAACUUUCGGUGGAUUUUGAUGCAUUUUAAUCCUGCUACGGUUGUUAAACAAAGGCUUUGCGGACUGCGCUCCGAGUGUGAAUGCUAGAUUUGAAUUUUAUAUCAUUAACCCAAUUGUUUGUGGGGCUUCCUUGAGCCGAGUGAAGUGAGUCGCCGUGUGUGAUUGCGAUUGUGAUUGGGAUGAGUGCACAAUCCGAGAGGAAUCUGCAAGCCAUCAGUAACCCAGCCUCAGGUUAUCUAGCCAAGUCAGUCUCGGCCUCGAAUGCUAAACCACUGCCACUGACACACAGCUAAAGCCCGAUGAAGAUGUUCGGUUGAAGCGGUGGUGCAACUGCCGAACAAUUACCGAUAAGGAUACCGAUAAGGAUACGGAUUGCCGCAAAUCAAUCGCCAAUCGAGGAUUACCCAAAGAAACUAGGGGACGAGGAAGGUUAACUAAUGCCGACAGGAGGAUAUUUUUAAGUACCAUAUGCAGAGGGCAGUUUUCUACAAAUUAUUACUGAGAGGAAGUAGGAGAGAAAACUAAGACUUAGAAGUGGGGCUGGAUUGGACAACUUCACUUUUAAUCACACAACCGCAGCCGCCGUCAUGUGGAUACAAAUCGCCUAUUUAAUCCUCAUCAUUGCUCAGCUCUGCGCUCUCGUCACAUCUGCAGGGGAAGCAGAUUACACACUAGAUGAUUCAUUUUGGAACGAAGAAAGUCCUGUUGGUGAGGUGGAAAGAUUACUUAAAGAAUACAGGCAAAAUCAAGAGCUUGUCCGUCGAAUCGGGGGUCACUAUUACCAAAUUAUAUAUCCAGUACAGCUGCGCCAUCACGAGAAGAUGGGCAUAUCCACGCGGGAAGUCAGUCCCCCAAAGCCUGGGCAGAGGCCACGACCUCAUGACGACAGUGGCUUUAACCGGGGAAGAACAAAGAAACACUUUCAUCGCACAUCGCUGCUAAUCAAAGCAUUUAAUCACAAAUUUCGUUUGGACUUGGAGCUUAACUCGCAACUUCUUUCCCCAAACGUGCAACAGAAACAUUACCACGUGGGUGGAUAUCUUGUGGACGGCAAUCGACAUGAUAUCGAGCACUGCUACUACCACGGGACCGUCAAGGAUUAUCCCGGGGCGAGUGCGGCAUUCCACACCUGCAACGGAGUGAGUGGCGUCAUCCACAUUGGCAACGAAACGUUCGUAAUUCACCCCUUUUACGGCGGAGAUCUAUCGAAACAUCCCCAUGUGAUUUUCGAGGCGCGGACGAAGGCGAACAAGGGAUGCGCCAACUCGGGCAACCUGGACUCGUGGCGCCUCUCGCGCCGCACGAAACACCUGUCCGCCGGAGUGGCGGGCGUUGUCGAGGAGAUCCUGCAGACCGGCGCAGGACGAAACAAGCGGGACGUGCGGGAGGCCACCAAGUACAUCGAGACGGCCAUCAUCGUUGACAAGGCGAUGUUCGACAAGCGGAACGGCAGCACUCGGGCGGAGGUCGUCCACGAUGCCAUCCAGGUGGCCAACAUAGCAGAUCUGUACUUCCGCACUCUGAACACCCGCGUGUCGGUCGUGUACAUCGAGACCUGGGGCAAGAACCAGGCGGUCAUCGAUGGCAGCAAGGAUAUCAGCAAGGCGAUAUCCAGCUUCAACGACUACACCUCCCGGAAUCUCUUUCAAAUCGAGCGGGACACCACACAGUUGCUCACUGGUGAGACGUUUGCUGGGGGCGAGGCUGGGAUGGCGGUGCCCGAAACUGUUUGCACGCCCCGUGCUGUCGGCAUCAGCGUGGACGUGAACGUGUACGAGCCGCACCUUCUGGCCGGGACAAUGGCCCACAUGAUUGGCCAUAACAUCGGCAUGGGACACGACGACGGACGCGAGGAGUGCUUCUGCCGCGACUGGCACGGCUGCAUCAUGGCCCAGUCGAUUGUGGGCCAGGAGAACGUCCAGCCAUACAAAUUCUCCGAGUGCAGCAAAAAAGAUUACAUCGACGCACUGCGGACUGGCCACGGACUCUGUUUGCUCAACAAGCCGAAUGAGAUUGAGUUGCGCAGAAACUGCGGAAAUAAGGUUGUGGAGGAGGACGAGGAGUGCGACUGCGGCACUUUCGAGGACUGUGCUCUGGAUCCCUGCUGCGACGGCAUCACUUGCAAGCUAAAAUCAGAGGCCCAGUGUGCCAGUGGCGCUUGCUGCGACCAGUGUCGUUUGCGUCCAAAGGACUAUAUUUGCCGCGACUCGAACAACGAGUGCGAUCUUCCUGAAUAUUGCGACGGCGAGAUUGGUCAGUGUCCGUCGGAUGUUUUCAAGAAGAACGGUUCGCCGUGCGGACUCAGCAAGUCCGGCAUCUCAGGUUACUGCUUCCAGGGAUAUUGUCCCACGCUGAGUUUGCAGUGUGAGGCGAUUUGGGGAUACGGCGGAUCUGCCGCGGAUCGCCAGUGCUACGAGCAAUUUAAUUCCAAGGGCUCCAUCAACGGCCAUUGUGGCCGGGAUGCCAAUGAGCACUACAUCAAAUGCGACCCAGAGAACGUCCAGUGCGGCACGCUGCAGUGCAAGGAGGGCGAACGCCAGCCGGUGAACGACGGGAUUGACCAGCUCUACUCGCGGACCAUCAUCUCGAUCAAGGGCCAGGAGUACGAGUGCAAGGCGACCAGCGGACAGGUGGGAUCGAACAGCUAUCCGGAGCACGGACUGGUCAAGGACGGAACGCCCUGCGGCGACAACCUCAUCUGCCUGAACCAGACCUGCGUCAGUCUCUUUCCGCACGUGGACCAGACCAAGUGCCCGGCCAAUUCGCAGGGCCAAGAGUGCUCCGAACACGGCGUCUGCACGAACACGAAUCGCUGCUUCUGCGACAUGGGAUGGGGCGGGCAGGACUGCAGCUCCGUCGUUCUGCUGACCACGGCACAGCCAACGGAAGCGCCGUCCACGCCGGAGAACACCAUCAAGAUGGAGAAGAAAGAAACCCCAUAUGAGAACUACCACGGCUCAAAUACAGUGUUCCUAGUCGGUGUUCUAAUGUCAGUUGUAGGGUUCGUUUUUAUAACAUUCACCUUGAUGGCAUUGUGCUACAGGUCAGUUGUAGUACAUAGAAACUUCUCCCUGUGUCUAAGGCGAAAGACAACAACGCUAAAGUACGAUCCGCCCUAUUCGAAGAAGCCAAUUGCCAAAACCUACGGCGGAGCGGCGACGGCACCGAACCACCACUCCGUGGAGGAGGUAUCCCUGGAUGGAUCCAGCAAGUUAGUCUAUGCCAAUCAGACGGGCUUCAGGGACAAGGGAAUCCAUGGACGACGCUACACGACAUGUGGCGAGGACGAUCAGUCGCAUGCAGAGAAGGGUAUAUUAAAGAAGCACGGCUACGGGCUCGUGCACGGCGAGCAGCUGAAAGAUAAGUGGGGCGAUGACAAUCAGUCCGACAACCUCGAGCUUAUUACCCAGGACGGUACGCUGGCGUCGACGAGCGGCGGGGCGGCCGCCUCGGAGGUGGAGCGAACGCUCAAGUCGCUCAACGGCUACCACGAGGACAUUUUGGAGGCGCUGCGCAACGCGGCGACGCACCGCGGCACCGGCACCGGCAACACGCCCGUCGGCAGCGGCAGCCUGUCGGAGGAGAUGCUGCGCAAGACGCUGCAGGACUGCAGCAGCUCCCAGCUGGGCUACGCGGCCGAGCAGUACAAGCGGAACAUUGGCUCCAAGUCCAGUUCGCGGGAGAACAUCUGCGACAAUGCGGCCGUGCACGCGAUCAUCCUGGACGGUGGCGGCCUCGGCCUGGCAUCCAGUGUCGGUGGCGGUGGCCUCGGCGGCCUCGGAGGCGGUGGUGGCGGAUCGACGAGCAUCUCGGGGGGCAUACCGCACGGCAGCAGCAUGCUGCACCACCAUCGGUCGCAGCACCAGCUGCACCAGCCAUCCUCGGUGGGCCUGCAGUCGGUUGGCCAGCAGCAGCAGCAGCAGCAGCAGCAGCAACAGCAGCAACAGCAGCAGCAGCAGCUGGACGACGACGAUGCCCCGUCGACGGGACCGCUGCGCAUACGCAACUUGGAGGAUCUGAUCAGGCAGCUCGAGCACCAUUCGUCGCGCCACAUGAGUCCCAGUGGCUCGGAGGACAUUCGCAUGUCGGAGACAGAAGCCGAUCGCCACUAUAGAUUAGAAAGUUCCGCAGCUUGUAGUGAGUCAUCUCAAGGCUCCAAUCAGCAAAUACCACAAUCUCAGAAAACCGCUACAAUUCAUGCGUCUUACAGCAGAAGCUGUCGUCCCCGUUCCGAUGAGGAGUCGCGGUUCACCUUCGGCGGCGGAGGACGCUACCGCCAGCCGGGCUCGUCCGGGCGCCAUGCGCCGCACCAGUCGCACUCGCCGCACGCCUUUGGCCACCACACGCACCACUCGCACGCCCACGGCCACGCCACCCACGGCCCCCUGGGUCCCCAUGGGCCGCACUCGUCGCACCACUCGUCGCACACCCACCUGCAGCAGGAUGACGAGGGCAUCUACGAGACGGCCGACCACCACGACCGGACCGUCGUCGACGCCCGGCUCGACUGCCACGAGACACCAGAUAGCGAGAGUGAUGACUUUAUUCAAGCUCAACAACAGUUAGCCCGGUGGGCGAGUGAGGAUGUGGUAUCCGUCGUGGUAUUGGACCAGCCGCCAUCCGGUACAAUGUCGGAUUCCCAACCAUACAUCGACGUCGGACCCAUUUCGGCGGGGGCUAUAACGAACAGCGCCAUGCACCAUCAGCAUCCGCAUCAGCAUCAGCUACACAAUCCGCAUCAGCACCACGGCGAUCAUCAAUCCUCCGCAGCGGCAGCGGCAGCGGCGACCUCGGCCAGCAGUACCAUAAUGGGUUUGCCGGUCGUCCCAAAUGGUAUAAGUGUAAGUCAGAGGGACUAUUAUCCAUCCCCGCCCUCAACGGAAACGGAAAGCAGUGGAAGUGUUAUCCAGCCGCCCAUUCGUCGCGCUUUGCAGUCUCAGGUCGACACGGCGGCGGUCAUAAGUCAGCAGCAGCAGCAACAUCAGCAUCAGCAGCAGCAGCAGCAACAGUUGCAGCUUCUUCAGCUGCCAAUUUAUCAGCAGCAUCCGCAGCAUCAGCUUCAACAGCAAUCAGGCGAUACCAGCAGCAGCAACAACAGUCAGUCCGAACAAAUCAUCGAGAAUGGCUGCUACCCGGAAUAUAAGCAUUGAUAUUGUUAUGCCACAACUUUUACACCCACAUCCGCAGUAUCUGCAUCAGCAUCUGCAUCAGCAUCUGCAUCUGCAUCUGCAUCCGUAUCCGCAUCCCAAUUACUGUUAGCAUACAAAAAUCAGAAAAGGUAUAGCCACGGCGAAGGCAUAGGCCACAUCCAGAUCCACAUCCACAUCCACUUCCGGAUCAGCGUCCAAAUUCACAUCCAUGCAAUCAGUAACCGAAUCAGCCACGCCCACUCACAUGUGCCCGGAGCCAGCGCGCAGCUAGCUUUCACUCUAAUAAAUGAAAUUUGUAUCGACCUUUAUGAUUACUUUAGCAUAGUUACCAUACGUUGCUCGUGUAUAAGCACAUAAAUAAAUUUAACUUUAAGUAGUUAAGUAAUUAUAUGUAAAUGUGACGGGAAAAAACAAAUGGAAAUGGAUAUGGAAAUGGAAAUGGAGAAGGAAAAGGAAAGCAAAACCAAAACAAAACAAAACUAGUUAACGUAAAUGGAGAGCGAAGCAAAACCAAACAAAAACAAAAAAAGUGGAAAAGCAAAAAACAAAGAGGAUAAAAACUUAACAAGCAACAACAAAAUGUGUAUUCUUAUGUGUGAGUGGUAAAUACAUAGCCAUACUUUAUUCAUAGAUUAAUACAAUUAUUAAGUGAGUAAAUCCCAAUUGAUAUUCAUACUCGUACACGUGCAUACGUAUAAAGAUAAAUUAACGAAAUAAAAAUUGGGAAAUAUUUACAUAUUUUUUGCAUACCUCGGACCAAGCAAUGCCAACGUUCGAGUAGGAAAACAACUUUCAGAAAAACAGAAGAUGAAAACAGUAAACAGAAAGCAGAAAAUAAAAAACAAAAAACAAAAAACCAAAAAACAAAAACGGAUAACAAAACGCAAAACCGCAGCUGUAAAUAUGGAAAUUAAUAUUUAUGCUAGUUAGUAAAUUAUACGAUCCUUUGCAGGACGUGUAGAGAACUUGAACAUUUCGAUGGUCACGGAUAAGCGGCAGGAAAAAUACAAUUGUGCACUGGGCCCAGCCCGGGCUUUAAAAACCCCCUUAUUGGGGCAAUCUUACACCGACUGAUAGAAAAUUUUGGGCUAUAUUGCCAGUUCUCGUUCAAUAAUCUUAAAAAUAAAUGAAGAAAACGUAAAAGUAAAAACAAACGCUAUAUACAUAAAUAAUUAAUAAUUCAAGAAAAUGGAAAAGAAAUUAAAUCGGAAAUAUUAAUAUCUGUAUGGUUAAAGUAUGAAUAUGAUCAACAUAAAGUUAAGGACAAUGCUAAUGUUAAUUUAUCGGUUUUGAAACAUCAGUAAUAUAUCGUAUUGUACCGUAAAUUAAGCCAUUUAGAAUGAAACGUACGAAUUAAAAUUAUUUUCCAGCUUUA